UGCUCCAAUGCCUCCAACUCUCACGACUUCUCUUAGCGCAAUUUACAUUGAUAUUCUCUGUGUGUGUGUCUUCAGUGUGUAUAGAUAUGAAUGGUAGCCUAGGUACCCAAAUGGAGUUGCUUGCAAAUCUUGUUUAACAUUUUUUUCUCUUGUAAGAUUCGAUCAGACAGAAUAUAAACGACUAACGGCUUAAUUGUGAGCUAAUUGAACUAGGUUUGUCCAUUGAUCUCUCUGUGUCUGUUUUGGGGAGUUGGAACGAUUCGUAUGAUACCUGUUCGACAAAAUGCUUAGAAGAGAUGUAGCAUUAUGCAACGGAAAGCAAAACAUUUAAUUUUUUCUGAAGAUAAUGAUUUGACGGGUUAUGCCAGCGAAUUAGUCGCUCGUUAGUUUAUUUAUACAUAUUAUGAAUCACAAUGCUCGCGAUUACUUGUUGCAGCUUUUGAACGUCCCUCACACAAGUUUUGAAUUCAGAUGACUGUACGCACAUUGCACAACCCGUUUACAUCAGUGGCCACCCUUUUCGGGUUUCCGUAAUACGAGAAGAACUUGUUCCUCGUUGAUAAUGCAAUAAGCCCUUUCCUUGGUAUGAAGCGGUUCACCCUGCUAGUAGGCAUGCCACGAGUGCGCAUACUCCAUUCUAGCUAGAAUCUCGAAGGAAGAUGCAAAAACCUUAGGUGGUGUAAAAAUUGACAUCUGUGCUGAAAACAACUUGGUUUAGCUUCAUUUCAAUCUGAGACCAUGUUAUCUCAUAGAAUCCUCCAGAAGAUGCUUACAACGCGUCUUGUUUCAAGCUUUAGCCCCUCCUUCGGGUUCUCUUCACUUUCAGCAUGUGGAGACAAAUUAAAGCAAGAAAGGGUUUUUUCAAGUUCAGACGUUCUUGAAUAUUCGAAGGUGAGCCUUGACUCAAAUCCUCUGCAUUUUGAUCUUGAGUGUGCCCAGAAAGCAGGGUUUGAAGAUCGACUAGUUCCGGGGAUGCUUGUUGCUUCCUUGUUCCCAAGGAUUAUUGCUUCACAUUUUCCUGGAGCCGUGUAUGUUUCGCAAAGCUUGCAUUUCAAAUUGCCAGUAUAUAUUGGUGAAGAGAUCAUCGGUGAAGUACAAGCAACUAAUAUAAGGGCAAUGAAGAACAAGUACCUGGCAAAAUUCAAAACGAAGUGCUUCAAACACGGCGACCAUCUGGUAAUUGAUGGCGAGGCUACAGCUAUUUUAUCAACUCUAGCCAUGGAGCAAGGGAAAUCUAUUACUAUCUGAUUUCAGCCAUAUUGGGUAUGACUUUCCUGUCUUCUUCUUUUUGUUAGAGCCGACGAUCGAGUUCUGUCCGUGCUUAUCCAUU